UUUCCCACUCACCCAAAGCGUCACGUGACGUGUAGAUAAUGUGAUCAGCUCUUAUUCACAUCACAACAGUGUGCAAGCGGGUGUUCAACAACUGUACGUCGUAUCUAACGCGUAGUGAAAUCUUACGACUGAAAGUGGUUGAUGUAUAAAAUGACAGAGGAUCGCCCAAACAGCCUGUGUCCAAAAGUGAAUAAACCACGAGAAUUUCCGAAAAGAACACCCAUAAUUUGCUACGAUAAACCGAAUGCGGUAAUGAUAGACAGAACCGCGUACGACAAAGCGAGACAUGAUGCUUUGCUCGGUGAUGUUGUUCUGACACUGACAGUUCCAAAAAAAUCGGCAAAAACUUGGGAAAUGAGUAAGGGUGACCUGUGUAGAAUCACCGUGAUCGAAGGAUCUCAAGUGGGUGACAUUAAUAUUUGGAACCUAUACAAUCCCAAGGAGCGGUUCUAUUCCGGAAAAACUCGACAACUGCAUGCUGCCCACUUGACAACUUACGAUAGACUUUGGAGUAACUUGCCCUAUUUAAGACCAUUGGCAACGGUGAUCGCCGACUCACUAUCCCGAUACGGAGUCGACGAAGACGGUGGCAGCGUGCACGAUGUGAUCGGCACGAGAUGCGACAAUCACACGAUAGAACUCAUAACCGGUAAACCAACAAACGAUUCCUGCCACAGCUACCUUACUAAGGCGGUGGAAAAAGUGGGCCUUACAGAAGACGAUGUCCACGACGUCUGGAACAUUUUUAUGUGUACCGGAUUCACGAAGGACACCCAUCAGUACUUCUGCAAAGCUAGUCCAUCCAGGAAAGGAGACUACAUCGAGUUCAUAGCAGAAAUGGAUUUGCUGGUUGGUCUCAGCGCUUGUCCCCAAGGCGACGUAUCCAUCGCCGUUGGACAACCAGUUCCUGACAAUAUUUGUUACCCACUGGGAGUUGAGAUCUUCCGAGGGAAAGAAAAGUGACUUGAUGAAUGAAUUUUACGCUCGCAUUAUCACUCUCUC